AUGUUUUUAUUGGGUACGUAUUAAUGAAGUUUGAUUCAAAAGAAGUAUCUAAAAGCUUGCAAAACUUUCAUCGGGAUGGAGACCAUUUUGAAAGGAAGAAUGAUGGUGAAAAUCUUUUUCGUGAUACUGCUUCUUUUAAUUUUAAUAUCAAAUGGGACAAGUUUUGGUAGAAGGAGAUCAUCGAGCUGUCGCAAAGGAAGCGAGCAGAUUUUAAGCGAAUCAAUUGUUCAAAAUCCUUUCGCUGAUCAAAACGCAAUAGAUCAUUAUUACGACUGUGACACCACUGAAUUUGGCAUAGUGCAGAAGAUUCCGUAUUCGCGUGCCUGUUCCUCAUGCGAUGCCAUAGAAAUUAACUUCUCAUCUGCUUAUAUUAGAUGCGGAAUGUGUCUCGCCAUUGCUGACAAGAUUAACCAAACCCUCUUGGACGUUUACGAGAUGAUGACGCCGGGCGCGUGUUACAACGAUACGGAAAUCGAACUUCUUUUACGAACCAUUUGCAACAACUCCUUCGAAUAUUACAGUCUUCGAGAAGUCGAUGGAAUAAGGUUCAUCUCUGAUAGGUUACCUGGCUCCAUUUUGGUGGCCACAUCCGCGGAUGGACUGUGGGGAAAGAAAUUGAGAGACCUAUGCCACUAUUAUCUCGGCGAGAUCGGCGAGGUGCAACUUUUCGAGCAAUGGCAGGAAUGGUGCGAGGACGACGAAAAGUUUCCCAACCUGUCGAACGUCAUGUGUAGAAGCUUGGUUGGAACGUUACGAGACUGCAGAAACAUGAACGACAUAAAUAAAUACGAGUCCCCUUUCAAAACGUACAACGCCAAAGUAAAAAUCACCGCCACAUACGGAAAAUGAGAUUUUUAUAUCGUUCGAGAU